AUGCGUAUUGCAAAUUUACCUCAUUCCUCUUUGCAGAUAACGAAUCUACGUUGUGGAGGAAUGAUUCUAUGCACCGCGAUAAAUCACUGUCUAUGUGACGGCAUUGGCACAUCGCAAUUCCUAAAUGCCUGGGCCCACCUCACCACCAAACCUGGUUCCAAUUUACCAAUCAACCCGUUCCACUCACGCCACGUUUUAAAACCCCGAAAGCCCCCACAAACAACCACCACACACACGGAAUUUACCAAAACUGUCCCCGACAAGUAUAGUCCUCAAUCAGACCUCACCCUUAACCAAUAUUUACAGUCUCAGCCACUCGUGCCCACAUCCUUAAUCUUUACCCCCUCACAGAUCCUUCACCUGAAGAGACAAUGCGUACCCUCGCUAAAAUGCACCACCUUCGAGGUUCUAGCAUCCCACACAUGGCGCUCCUGGGUCAAAUCACUGGACUUGUCGCCCUCCUUCAAUGUCAAGCUUCUUUUCUCCGUUAACGUUAGGAGAAGGUUAAAGACAGAAAUGCCACAGGGGUAUUACGGAAAUGGGUUCGUGCUAGGAUGCGCCGAGGCCACGGUCAAGGAUUUGGUCGCUGCUAAUUUGCGUAGUGGGGUGAAGUUGGUGCAAGAAGCUAAAGCGUCACUAACUGAUGAUUACGUGAAGUCUGUCAUAGAUUUGUUGGAGGAUAAGACAGUGAAGACAGAUAUUUCUUCAAGCUUGGUCAUAUCACAGUGGUCUAAAUUAGGGUUAGAGGAUUUGGAUUUUGGAGAAGGAAAGCCUUUGCACAUGGGACCUCUGACCAGUGAUAUUUAUUGCUUAUUUCUGCCGGUGAUCGGAGAUUUUCAUGCAGUUAGGGUGCUUGUGUCGUUGCCGGAGAGUGUGGUUAAUAAAUUUGAGUACUACAUGAAAGAAUUCUUAGAUAGUGGGGAAGAUAAAGGAGAUGCAAAUGGGUACCGUGGAGAAGAAAAUGACCUCACCCUUAACCAAUAUUUACAGUCUCAGCCACUCGUGCCCACAUCCUUAAUCUUUACCCCCUCACAGAUCCUUCACCUGAAGAGACAAUGCGUACCCUCGCUAAAAUGCACCACCUUCGAGGUUCUAGCAUCCCACACAUGGCGCUCCUGGGUCAAAUCACUGGACUUGUCGCCCUCCUUCAAUGUCAAGCUUCUUUUCUCCGUUAACGUUAGGAGAAGGUUAAAGACAGAAAUGCCACAGGGGUAUUACGGAAAUGGGUUCGUGCUAGGAUGCGCCGAGGCCACGGUCAAGGAUUUGGUCGCUGCUAAUUUGCGUAGUGGGGUGAAGUUGGUGCAAGAAGCUAAAGCGUCACUAACUGAUGAUUACGUGAAGUCUGUCAUAGAUUUGUUGGAGGAUAAGACAGUGAAGACAGAUAUUUCUUCAAGCUUGGUCAUAUCACAGUGGUCUAAAUUAGGGUUAGAGGAUUUGGAUUUUGGAGAAGGAAAGCCUUUGCACAUGGGACCUCUGACCAGUGAUAUUUAUUGCUUAUUUCUGCCGGUGAUCGGAGAUUUUCAUGCAGUUAGGGUGCUUGUGUCGUUGCCGGAGAGUGUGGUUAAUAAAUUUGAGUACUACAUGAAAGAAUUCUUAGAUAGUGGGGAAGAUAAAGGAGAUGCAAAUGGGUACCGUGGAGAAGAAAAUGGUAUCAUAUGAGAGAAAAUAUGGCGUUUUUUAAUUUGUUUUUCUUUAUACUCGGCCUAUUUCGUAUUGUAAUGUCAUAAUCAAGUUUUUUG